CAGUUGUUACCUGGAAGCAAAGGCGAAUGGAUAAAUGAACUGUUAAAAAUUUGGUUGAGUGUUUAGAGAGAAAAUAUAAUAAAACUGAAAAUAUACAUACACCUAUACACACACAGAUAUAUAUAUAUAGUUAUGUACACGUUACUUUUUGUAUUCAUAAUUUUAUAGCCGGACGGAUCUAUCAUUUUCAUUCUCUAAUUGCGAGAAUUUUCUGGAGAAAAAUUUCGAAUAAUAAUAUUAUAUUUCCCGAUUUUGUUUCUGAUACUUCAGAUUACUGAAUUCGUAUGUAAACAGGGAAUUAAUGCAAUAGUUCUGUGCGGAUUGCGAUCCAGCUCGUCUUGAUUCUAGGGUUCAUAUAGUUUGGUUCAAGAAUCACUUCAGUCCUGUGAACUUUGAGGAUCUCUACUUGUAUCCUUUUAGCCUCUUCCUUUUGAACCUGGCUCAAAAUGUCAGGUGUAGAAGGAAUAGAGGCAUAUGACGAAACAAGGGAGAGGAGAUCAGAUUAUGAGAACUCUGAGGAUGAACGGAGAAGAUCGAAAAUCGGGAAUCUGAAGAAAAAAGCACUUUAUGCUUCAAACAAGUUUACUCAUUCCCUCAAGAAAAGAGGGAAAAGGAAAAUUGACUGUAGGGUUCCUUCAGUUUCUAUUGAGGAUGUGCGUGAUGCUAGAGAGGAGAGUGCUGUCAAUGUCCUGCGGAAAAUGCUCCUUGACAUGGAUUUGUUGCCUGAUAGACAUGAUGACUAUCAUACUCUGUUAAGAUUUUUGAAAGCAAGAGAUUUUAAUGUGGACAAGACCAUCCAGAUGUGGAAAGAAAUGCUUUAUUGGAGGAAAGAGUAUGGAACAGACACCAUAUUGGAGGACUUUGAAUUCAAUGAAGUGGAAGAAGUAUUGCAAUAUUAUCCCCAGGGAUAUCACGGAGUUGACAGAGAUGGCAGACCUGUUUACAUUGAAAGGCUAGGAAAAGCUCACCCAAGUAAACUAGUGCGUAUCACCACAAUUGAACGAUACUUAAAAUAUCAUGUCCAGGAGUUCGAGAGGGCUCUACAAGAGAAGUUCCCCGCCUGUUCCGUUGCUGCAAAGAGACAGAUCUGUUCAACAACCACUAUCUUGGACGUGCAAGGCCUGGGGGUUAAAAAUUUCACAAAGACUGCUGCUAGUCUAUUGGCAGCCAUGGCAAAAAUUGACAAUAGUUAUUAUCCAGAGACGCUUCAUCGUAUGUAUGUAGUUAAUGCUGGACCUGGCUUCAAGAAGGUGCUUUGGCCUGCUGCACAGAAGUUUUUGGACCCAAAAACUAUUGAGAAAAUACAUGUUUUGGACCCUAAAUCUUUGGGGAAGCUUCUUGAGGUCAUUGACCCAAGUGAAUUGCCCGACUUUUUGGGUGGAUCAUGCACUUGUGCUGCCGAGGGAGGUUGCCUGAGGUCAAAUAAAGGCCCAUGGAAUGAUCCUGAUAUAAUGAAGAUUAUUUAUCAUGAGGAAGCAACAUUUGGGAGGGAGAUCACCAAGAUACCCAGCGACAAGCAGAAAAUUGACUCAUUUAUUCAUAUAUGCCCAAUGAAGGAGUUGCAGGCCGGAAUAUCUGAUACAUGUAUCUACUAUAGCUGCAAUGAUCAUUUUAGUCCAGCUGGUAAAGAUAGUGACCAUGUACAAGUAGAAUGCCAGUCUUCUGACAUUGACAAUGCAACAAAUUUAAAUGGUGAUGCAAGACCAAAUAUGGAAGGCACUCCGUUUAUGUGUUGGUUGGGUGCCAUUAAGGAGAAAGUGGUGAGGAGAAGUUUCCGGUAUAUGGAAAGAACAUUGAUACCUUUCAUGGUCAAGUUUUUUGCAUUUAUCCGAAAUGCGCCGGCUGAAUAUUGGAGGAGAGAUACCAACAUCUAUCCAUCCAAUGCCUUGGAAGAUGAACCAGAACCACAAAACCAUUCACCUGUCAAUGCUGAAGCUGUUAGUGAACAAGACCGGGUCCUUCCAUGUGUACAACGCCUCCAGAGAUUGGAAAGUUUGUUGGAAGAACUGAACAAGAAGCCUACUGAAAUCCCACUGGAGAAGGAGCAGAUGAUUCAACAUUCCUUGGACAGGAUCAAGUCUGUAGAGUUUGACCUUGAGAAGACAAAACGGGCGUUACAUGCUACAGUGAUUAAGCAGCUGGAGAUAGCAGAAUUGCUGGAGAAUAUGCGAGAGUCCAGAUCUCAUCGACGAAGGUUGUUCUGUUAAGUUUUGGCAGCUGAAAUUGGAAAAUGCAAGCAAAGUCGGGGAAUGGUGGAGGUGCAGAACAUGGAAGAAGUGCAUGUGGAAAUCACUUUCCCAUUUCCCGUUAUCCUUCAUUAUACUAUCCUCGGAAGAACCUGCGGCUAUAGCUCUGUAUUCAUAGCUCUGUGGAAGUGUAGAACAGAAAAUGCGUAAUGAAAAAGCUUUACAACUCGAAAUCUUGGACUCCAGUGUCUGUCACUGUUCUCCACUUGACUUACCAUACAGCCUCAUGAAUGUUUGUGUAGAGAAUAUGCUAAUUGAGAUGUAAAUGAAGUUUUGAAAUGAAUUUAGAAAAUAUCCCCC